CCCCCACCCCCUUCCCCGAGUCCGUCUUUGGAUCCCUCUUUCUUUGUCUCUCCCAGGCCGGGGUGGCUGACGCAGUCGGCCGGCCCCGGAGGUCGGCGCGGGUGGCCGGAGACACACAGCCACAAUUGCGAAGAGCCUCGGGCCUCAUUACCCAGCUGCAGCCCAGGAGGCACACGGUUAAUACCACCGAGUUCGGGCCGCCGUCCUCGGCUUAGAGUAGCCCCUGGGCCGCACGCUGCCGCCCGCGGGCCACCGAGCUCCCGCCGACGCGGGCGACCCCCACAGGCGCGCAGCUCCUCCAAGGUCCUAGAGCGGCUCCGUGCGGCCCCGCGCUUCCGCUUCCCGUCCCCGCCCCCGGCGGCCGCCCCCGGGACGGCUGGGUCCGAGCCCCCUCCUGGCUUGGCGCGGAGCCCGCAUCCCGGAGCCGCUGGCGGCUCGGGCACCCGCACCCCGCUGAGGAGCUCCGGAGGGCGCCGGGGUGGCGGAGCCGGCGUCGGCCGGCAAGGGCGGCGUGCCGGCGAUGGAGCGCGCGGUAGAGCCCUGGGGCCCGGAUCUCCACGGCCAGGAGGAGAGGGAGCCGCUGAGAGGCGCCCGCACAGGUGAGGGCCUCGGCCGUGCGCCACCACGGACAGGUCUAGGGAGUGAGAACGUGAUUUCCCAGCCGAAUGAGUUCGAACAUACCCCACAGGAAGAUGGCUUGGGGUUCAAGGAAGAAGAAGAUUUGGCCCCAGAUCAUGAAGUAGGAAAUGCCUCUCUCAAACCUGAAGGCAUCCAGAACUGGGAUGACUUAUGGGUCCAGAGAGAGGGUCUAGGAAAGCCUCAGCCUCAGGACAGAGGCCCCCGGCUCCUGGGGGAACCACGCUGGGGCCAGGCUAGUAGUGAUCGGGCCGCUGUGUGUGGUGAGUGUGGCAAGAGCUUCAGGCAGAUGUCAGAUCUGGUGAAACACCAGCGGACCCACACGGGGGAGAAACCCUACAAGUGUGGGGUCUGUGGCAAGGGCUUUGGGGAUAGCUCUGCCCGGAUCAAACACCAGCGGACUCAUAGUGGGGAGAAGCCCUAUAGAGCCCGGCCACCAGCCCAGGGUCCCCCAAAGAUUCCUCGGUCCCGGAUCCCUGCUGGUGAGCGCCCCACUAUCUGUGGUGAAUGUGGCAAGAGCUUCCGGCAGAGUUCUGACCUGGUGAAACACCAGCGGACACACACUGGUGAGAAGCCCUACAAGUGUGGCAUAUGUGGCAAGGGCUUUGGUGACAGUUCCGCCCGCAUCAAGCACCAGCGGACACACCGGGGGGAGCAGCCCCCCCGACCAGUGGUGCCCCGACGGCAGCCAUCUCGGGCAGCCACAGCAGCUACCCAGGGACCGAAGGCCCAGGACAAGCCAUAUAUCUGCACUGAUUGCGGCAAAAGGUUUGUGCUCAGCUGCAGCCUCCUGAGUCACCAGCGCAGUCACUUGGGGCCCAAGCCCUUUGGCUGUGAUGUGUGUGGAAAGGAGUUUGCCCGGGGAUCCGACCUGGUGAAGCACCUGCGGGUACACACGGGUGAGAAGCCCUACCUCUGCCCAGAGUGCGGCAAGGGUUUCGCGGACAGCUCCGCCCGAGUCAAACACCUCCGCACCCACAGUGGCGAGAGGCCCCAUGCCUGCCCGGAAUGCGACCGUACCUUCAGCCUCAGCUCUACCCUUCUUCGCCACCGCCUCACUCACAUGGAGCCCCAGGACUUCAGCUUCCCAGGCUAUCCCCUACCUGCUCUGAUCCCCAGCCCACCCCCACCUCCUCUGGGCACCAGCCCCCCGCUGACACCUCGAAGUCCCUCACACUCUGGUGAGCCUUUUGGCCUGCCUGGCUUGGAGCCGGAGCCUGGGGGCCCACAGGCCGGGGAGCCACCCCCACCACUGGCGGGCGACAAGCCCCACAAGUGCCCUGAGUGUGGCAAGGGCUUCCGCCGAAGCUCUGACCUGGUGAAACACCAUCGCGUGCACACAGGGGAGAAACCCUACCUCUGUCCUGAAUGCGGCAAGGGUUUUGCUGACAGCUCAGCCCGAGUCAAGCACCUCCGCACCCACCGUGGUGAACGGGCCCGGCCACCACCACCAUCCACUCUCCUGCGGCCACAUAACCCACCUGGCCCAGUACCCACAGCCCCUCGACCCCGAGUUCGGGCCCAGCCUUCUGGACCCAGCCAGCCCCACGUGUGUGGCUUCUGUGGGAAGGAGUUCCCCCGAAGCUCAGAUCUGGUCAAACACAGGCGUACACACACAGGGGAGAAGCCAUACAAGUGUGCAGAGUGUGGCAAGGGUUUUGGUGACAGUUCUGCCCGCAUCAAGCACCAACGUGGGCACCUGGUCCUGAGGCCCUUUGGGAUAGGGGAUGGUAGGGCAAGGCCCCUCAAGCAGGAGGCACCAACAGGACUGGAAUGACAGGUCCAGGGAGGGUGGAGGCCCAGGAGACCAAAGGGAGGGGCUCUGCUGCUUAGCAAAGAAAGGGCCUGGGAGGUGGUGGGAGGGAGAAGGAAGGGAAGAAAGGGGAGGAAGGAGAAUAGAUAGAAAUAGGGAUUGGAGAGAGUAACCUUGAAGCUCAGGAAACUGUCCUGGCUGGGCCCAGUCAGGAUCUUGUCAGGACGGGCUGUACCCCUGGCUUCUAGAAGACUGCCUAGCACAUAGUAGGCAUUCGAUACUUGUUGAAUAAAUUGGCUUUCACCUGAGGACUCAACCCUGAAUUCCUGUUGCCUCAUCUGUUAAGAACUGACACUUUCCCCUUGCUGGGCAGGUAGUACACACCUGUAAUCCCAGCACUUUGGGGGGAUGAGGUGGGAGAGUCACUUGAGCCCAAAAGUUUGAGGCUGCAGUAAGCUGAUUGCACCACUGAUGCCUCCCAACCUUGCUCUGGGAGACCAACGCCUGAACCAGGGUUUGUUUACCUUUUGAGCUGCAGUGAUGGAGCUUCUGGAAUUUAAGGUAAUGGGAUGAGGCAGGGGUAUCUUGAUCAUCCGGAUGGGGCAAAUACUGCUCUGUGGCAUGGUGGUACCCACCCCUAUGGAGGGGCACUCUUGGACAGAGCCCAGACCUUUGUGCCCUGGAGGGAGCCAACCCACCCUGACACGGAGACACUGGCAGAAUAGACCAGAGACAGAAGGUGCACUCAUGGUAUCCAGCCUGGAUGCCAAGCCCCAGUCCUGGUGGAUAGCAGAGGCCAGCUGGCUGGGAGAAAGGCAGGACGCUCUGAGGCCUGGCAGCCACAUUUCCAUGUGUCUCUUUACCAAUAAACGGAUUCUCGUCUGAGGCUUGGACUGUGUGUGUGUACACACAGUCAUGAAAAAGGUGGAAAGGGGUGUCUGCGGGCAAAAUUCAAACUGUAAAUUUUGUAUGGUUCCCUUGCUCUGUUUGAGCCCAUUAAAUAAAGAGGUUGUCUUGGCGUA